UUAGACGUAAAUAGACUUCACUUUCAAUGGAAUGGGAGUACCCUCGUAGACGUGAGCUUUCGAUAAGGAAGAGAGUUAGUGUCACUUGUGGCUCACACCGGCUGAACGAUGAAUGAAAAACCCCUUGAAAGCUUGACCUCUGAAGGAGAAAACAAGGAAGAGAAAAUCAAACAGGGAGGGACAGAGGUGAAGAACAGUAAAAACAUUUCUGAUGAGGUAGCACCCGUGGCCCUGGCACCAUUGGAUGCACCAUCGAGCAGUCCUAAUGCCAAGGAAACCGUAACUUCAGUGUCUAGGGAAAUAGAUGUAGGCAAGAGGACUAAGGCAGCUGCUGGUGAGCAUCCUGUUGACUGGUUUGAGCCCCUCGAGGAUGAUGAUGAUGCCGCAGUUUGGGAUUUUCCAGGAAAUGAUCGAAACCUCAACAGUGGACGGGAUGCUGAAGAGGAGAGUUUAGCAGGAGAGAGUGAAAAGAGUGGGAGUAUUGCAAGCAGCGACAGGACCAUUAAACGGGUCUACCAGCUUAAUUUUCACCGCCGCAGGCGAGCAAUUCAUGAUGAGGGAUGGGUUGACUGGCCUGUGCUCGGUGAGGGUUGGAAACGUAAAGAAGUAAUUCGUCGUUCAGGUUCCAGUAUUGGCCAGAAAGAUGUUUAUUACUUAAGUCCACAGGGUGAUCGGGUGAGAAGUAGAGUAGAGCUAACCUCAGUGCUGGAGGGUAUGACUGACCUGUCCACAUUUGAUUUCAAGUCAGGAAAGUUCUACAAUGGUGAUGCACCUCAGCUGAAGAGAGGAAAGAGAAAGAUGGAGCGUUCCUCCUCAGAGUCCAGCUGGAUGGACAGAGGAGAGGGGGCAGACACUCCCGACUCCUAUCACAGGUUCACCCCAACCAUGGUCUCCAAACUGUCUGAGUUCAGCCAAAAGAGCUUCUCCCCGUACAGCUUAAAUGAGCCUCUGAACAAAGACUUUGAGGGUGAAAAUGCUGUGAAGGAAAAUAGAAUAAAAUUGCCUUAUACCACAUCAUCAAGACUGCUCCCCUCCAUCAAUGGACCAGUUGGGUCAGAGGAGACCUCUCUGUGA